CUGUUUUAUUUUGAAAGGGCGGAGCGGAAGUUCUGUUUUACCCACUCUAACUUGAUCUCGCGAGCUUGGGAGGCAGCGCGUGCGGCACAGCUGGGCACAGCUUGACGUGCACGCGCAGGAUUUAACAUCUUGUUCCUGAAGUUCUGGCCGGACCGGAAUGGUUUGACAGAGACCCGAUCCGAUCCAGAAUCAUCGCGCCGGUUCUUCAUUAAGGGUUAAAAUGCAGGUUCUGGUUCUGGUCUGUCUCUGUCUGAACCUGUACUCUGUCUUUUCCCGCCCGAACCUAGCGCAGAGCUCCCAGAACCUCAGCACGGAUGCUCCCGAACCAUUCUCGCUCGCUGACCCGGUUCUGGACUAUGACCUGUUUUACUAUGACCUGGAGGGCGGCGGGAACGGUACCGGCGGGGCGGGGGGUUGUGGACCCUGUGACCCGGAGCUGUGCCCGGAGACCCGCGGCUGCCGAGCCGGACUGGUUCCGGACCGCUGCGGGUGCUGCCAGGAGUGCGCGAACCUGGAGGGUCAGGCCUGCGACCCGGGGGAUCGGAACCUCUUCCACGGUCUGUGCGGGUCUGGACUCCGGUGUGAGGCGGACCCGAGCCCCGCGUCGGGAGAGCAGGAGGAGGUGUGCGUGUGUGAGGAGCAGGAGCCCGUUUGCGGCUCCGACGGAACCACCUACACGAACAUGUGUCAGUUCAGGCAGGCCGCCUUCUCCGAACCAGACCUGCAGCUGAGCGCGCGAGGACCUUGCAGGACAGUCCCUGUCAUCAAGGUCCCGCCUCAGAGCCAGCUGAACGGGUCGGGCAGCAGCCUGCUGUUCCUCUGUGAGGUCUUUGCGUUUCCGAUGGCUCUGGUUGAGUGGAGAAAGGAUGGACGAGACAUCGUUCUGCCUGGAGAUGACCCUCACAUCUCUGUCCAGUCGAGGGGCGGUCCUCUAAAAUUUGAGCUUUCCAGUUGGCUGCAGAUUGAGAAGGCGGAGCAAAGUGACUCAGGAACCUAUCACUGCAUAGCUCGCAAUGACCUCGGAUCUGUGUCCGCGUCAGCCGUACUGAGGGUUCUGGAGGCAGAGGAGCUCUCCUCCCACCUGGCCAACAGUGUUGCUGAGAUGAUGCAGCUCAUGGACCACACAGACUACGAUCAGGACUCCUACUGACCAGAACAUGAUGUCACUUCCUGCGUAGGACUCAACGGCCAUCUUUCAAGACCCAAGGCUUUUAUUUUGAAGAGACAGAGAGCAGAGCUCCGGCUGAUAUUCUAUAGCAGGGGUAGGGAACCCUGGUCCUCGAGAUCCGCCUUCCUGCAUGUUUUCCAAUGUAC